AUGUUCAACUACGCACACAUCAACUGGACGUCAUCCAAUACAGCUGGAGCUCUACAGGGUAGAGGUGGUCUGCAGAGUGCUAUUGCUGGCUUUAACGCAGGAAAUGGUACGGGAUGGACGCCGCUGCCGUACUCUGGAGAAGGACGAGUAAUCAAGCUAAAAGAGUUUUCCAAUGUUGGAGUGCCGGGAAGAUGGCUGUUUCGAGUGGACGAAGAAAUAAUUCGAGGCGGUUGUAGUAAUGAGAGUAUUGGUUACCUAACGACUGCUCCCAUAGCCGCAACUAUGAUAGGUGGAGUUUAUGUAAAUGUGUCUGGUCCUUGCCUACGUGGAGGAGAUGUCGUCAAAGUGAUAUUUGAUGAAUAUCAGGUGGAUUGUGUGAGGCUCAAUAUGCACCGAGCGCAAUGCGUUCUCCCAGUGAAUCGAAUGUACAAGACUGGUCUGGUAAAUGUGAAGAUGAGCCGAGAUGGCGGCCAGAGUUAUCCUUACGUCGGCACUUUUUAUUUAUGUGAGUUUACAGCAUCAAAAAUCUUUUUUUUACAUUUUUUAAAAGAUUUUAUAGCCUAUUCUCAGAAUAGGGCAGGGCGGAGCGAAUUCCAUGCA